CUGGUGAAUCGAACAAGUAGUGGGGUCUUUCUCGCGUAUGUUGAUUACUGUUUCGGUGAAUGUUGCCGAAAGUUUCCCGGUAAAUUAAUGAAAAACAUAAGGCGUUCGUUAUGCAUAAAAUAUAAAAGUGCAUUGAAAUACUUUAUAACAAAGAUUACCGUACAUCAGUAUCGGUGUCAUUGUAAAAUAAGUGCGAGCAUUACGAUAAAAUACUAUUGUUUUAUGUCUCUACUAACAUAACAGAAAUGAAGAGAGUGUAGAGUGUAUGCGAGUGCGUUCAACAUACUCACACAAUCGGUAUAUUCGACAUGUUCGUGUACAAUGGCAACCUUGACACUUGGUGAUCGUUUUUGGCGGCUUCGUUCCGUUCUUACUGAAAUCGUGUUUGGUAGGAUCGCGUCGUGAGUGAAAGCGGCGGUGGCCAUUCUGUAAAAUCUUGCAGAGUUUGGCAGUAUCGAAUCAGUAAAAUAUUUCGCGCUUCGUAUUAACGAUAUUCCGUUAUUGUGUUUAUUUUCGUGAUUGCAAUUUCGUUCGCUUUAUAAUUCUCGUGUAAACUUUUGUUCUAUAAAGAAAUACAUCAUAUAACAAACCACACCAAACAUUUUGUGCACACAUUGGAAAUUGAGAAAAAUAAACAAUUAAGGUUAGACAACAGUAAAAUUCUAACUAAAUAAAUUAUACUAUAUUUAAGUGAAAUACAUGCUUCAAGAAAAUUUUAUUUGUUUGAAAAUUUAUAUUUAUUCAUUUUUUCUUAUAAUAUUUUUGUUUGAUUGGUUCAACGACCUAAUUUUUUUGUUGGUCUGCCAGCAAUGAAAACAAACUAUGCUAUGUAACUGUAUAUCAACACGUUGGGUAUAUGCGAUCAUGAAUUGUAUAUACGUGUAAACAUAUGUGAAGGUUGAAUGAUUCUUAUUUUUAAGUGAACUUAAAGAAAACAAUACAUUUUAAUCUUAUGAAAGAAAAGAAAAUGUAAUCGAUUCGCUAAAUUACGCAGAAAUUGUUCGAAACAACGAUAAUUAAUUAUUGUCAUGCAUAAUAAAUUAUUAUUAUAUUAUAUUUCAUCACGGAAGAUGUGUCUUUUAUAGUGCUAUAUAUAAAACUGUUACACAGUGCAUAGACACUACCGUGAAGUUUCUAUAUAAAAAAAUAAUGUUUAUGUGAAUUCGAUAACAGUGUUUAUCUAUUCCACAUAUUAUAAAUUGAAUACUACUUCUAUAAAACAGGAAAAAUGGCACAAAUGAAACAACAACUACCACUUCAAAUGCCAGAUUUAAGUAGUCUUCGCAUAACUACAGCUGUUUCCAUGCUUGGUAAAGCAUAUGGAUGUGGACAGUGUAGUGCUCCACCACCUGGACCCACAACAAGUUCUUCUGUUGGUGCAUCUGGAGCAACUGGCAGUAGUGUUGUAGCUCCAGGUUCUUUAGGACUUGUUUCCACACAACAAACACACACUCCUCCUCAACCUCCUGAACUGCCAAUGUUUUCAUGUCCUCGAAGACCAAACAUAGGACGUGAAGGCAGACAAAUUACAUUAAGAGCUAAUCACUUCCAAAUAACAAUGCCACGUGGUUAUGUGCACCAUUAUGAUAUUAAUAUCCAACCUGAUAAAUGUCCUCGUAAAGUUAAUAGGGAAAUAAUAGAAACAAUGGUUCAUGCAUAUAGUAAAAUAUUUGGAACUCUUAAACCCGUAUUCGAUGGCAGGAAUAAUUUAUAUACAAGGGACCCCUUGCCUAUCGGUACUGACAAAAUAGAAUUAGAAGUAACACUGCCUGGUGAAGGUAAAGAUAGAGUCUUUAGAGUGGUAAUAAAGUGGCUGGCUCAAGUUUCACUGUUUGCUUUAGAAGAAGCUUUAGAAGGGCGUACAAGACAAAUCCCAUAUGACGCUAUACUUGCUUUAGAUGUUGUAAUGAGGCAUUUACCAUCUAUGACAUAUACUCCAGUAGGUAGAUCAUUCUUUAGUACACCAGAUGGAUAUUACCAUCCAUUAGGUGGUGGUAGAGAAGUUUGGUUUGGUUUUCAUCAAUCUGUUAGGCCAUCCCAAUGGAAAAUGAUGCUAAACAUUGAUGUUUCUGCAACUGCAUUUUAUAAGGCACAACCUGUCAUAGAAUUUAUGUGUGAAGUAUUAGACAUUCGAGACAUAGGUGAUCAAAAGAGACCCUUAACAGAUUCUCAACGAGUUAAAUUUACCAAAGAAAUUAAAGGACUUAAAAUUGAAAUCACACACUGUGGGACAAUGAGGCGAAAAUAUAGAGUGUGUAAUGUUACGCGUAAACCUGCUCAAAUGCAAUCAUUCCCAUUGCAAUUAGAAAAUGGACAAACAGUCGAGUGCACGGUUGCAAAAUAUUUCUUAGACAAAUAUAAAAUGAAAUUGCGACAUCCAUAUCUUCCAUGCCUCCAAGUUGGACAAGAACAUAAACAUACAUAUUUGCCACUUGAGGUGUGCAAUAUUGUUGCUGGGCAACGUUGUAUCAAAAAAUUGACUGAUAUGCAGACAUCUACUAUGAUAAAAGCUACAGCCCGGUCUGCUCCAGAUCGUGAACGAGAAAUAAAUAACUUAGUUAGAAGAGCCGACUUUAAUAAUGAUUCAUAUGUUCAAGAGUUUGGUCUGACAAUAUCAAACAAUAUGAUGGAAGUUAGGGGUCGUGUUUUACCUCCACCCAAACUACAGUAUGGAGGGCGCGUAAGUUCCCUCAGUGGACAGACAAAGCAGCAGGCUAUACCCAAUGGUGGUGUUUGGGAUAUGCGAGGCAAACAAUUUUUCACAGGUGUGGAAAUUAGAGUUUGGGCAAUUGCUUGUUUUGCUCCACAAAGAACUGUACGCGAUGACGCGAUACGUAAUUUUAUAGCACAAUUACAAAGAAUAAGCAAUGAUGCUGGGAUGCCAAUUAUUGGGCAACCAUGUUUUUGUAAAUAUGCUACUGGGCCAGAUCAAGUAGAGCCCAUGUUUAGAUAUCUAAAAGCGACAUUUUCAUCAUUACAACUUGUUUGUGUUAUAUUACCUGGAAAAACACCUGUAUAUGCUGAAGUCAAAAGAGUAGGAGAUACAUUAUUGGGUAUGGCAACGCAGUGUGUACAAGCAAAAAAUGUUAAUAAAACGUCACCACAGACGUUGUCGAAUUUAUGUUUGAAAAUUAAUGUAAAAUUAGGUGGUAUUAAUAGUAUUUUAGUACCUACUAUCAGACCGAAAGUGUUUGAUGAACCUGUUAUAUUUUUUGGAGCUGAUGUGACUCAUCCUCCUGCUGGAGAUAAUAAAAAGCCUAGCAUAGCGGCAGUAGUUGCUAGUAUGGAUGCUCAUCCAUCUCGGUACGCAGCUACUGUUAGAGUUCAACAACAUAGACAAGAAAUUAUUCAGGAACUUAGUUCAAUGGUGAGGGAACUCCUUCUUAUGUUCUAUAAAAGCACUGGUGGAUAUAAACCACUUAGGAUAAUUCUUUAUCGCGAUGGUGUCUCAGAAGGUCAAUUUCUUCAUGUUUUACAACACGAGUUAACUGCCAUUCGAGAAGCUUGUAUUAAACUUGAAGCUGAGUAUAGACCUGGAAUAACAUUUGUUGUAGUCCAGAAGAGACAUCACACUCGCCUAUUUUGUUCGGAAAAAAGAGAUCAAAGUGGUAAAAGCGGAAAUAUACCAGCCGGUACAACAGUUGAUGUCUGUAUAACGCAUCCAACUGAAUUUGACUUCUAUUUAUGUAGUCACCAAGGCAUCCAGGGCACGUCUCGACCAUCACAUUAUCACGUUUUAUGGGAUGAUAAUCGUUUUGAAAGUGAUGAAUUACAAUCUCUAACGUAUCAAUUAUGUCACACGUAUGUCAGAUGUACGAGAUCUGUUAGUAUACCUGCACCAGCAUAUUAUGCUCAUCUCGUAGCAUUCCGAGCCAGAUAUCAUUUGGUAGAAAAAGAGCAUGAUAGUGGAGAGGGAUCUCAUCAAUCUGGCUGUAGCGAAGACAGAACACCAGGUGCAAUGGCAAGAGCUAUCACAGUUCAUGCUAACACAAAGCGGGUUAUGUACUUUGCAUAAUUCUUCUUUGAAUUUUUCUUAGACACAUAAGCAAAAUAGUAAAAAUAAUAAAAAUGAUACCAUAAAAUGAUAAUGAUCAGCAUAUCUUGCGCGUUAAUAUUUUUAGACUGCUUGAAAUGCUAGACAAUCUUCUUGAGUGGUCAACUUUUUUGCUUACUUUUAUAAUCAAAUAAAUCUGUCUAAUACCUAAAAAUAUGUUGAACAAUUUUAUAUUAAGCUUUCUUUUCUUGUUUUUUUUAAAUUUAAUAUAUUGUCGACUAGGUUUUGGACAGAUUUUUAAACACGUUAGGAAGUAGGUAUUAAACGAGGUGCUUUUAGUUAAUCAUGUUUUAGAUUGAUGCAGCUUGACUGUCGGAUCGUUUCGCAAUAAAAACCACAUGAACGAAUAAUUUAAGAAUCCGUGCUGCCGUGAAUAUUACGCUUAUUAUUUUUUUUUUUUUUUUUUUUUUUUUUUUUAAGACGUUGAAUUUCCUCUAGCAUUUGUAUGAUGCAAAAAGAUAAUAUUACAACAUAAAUUCACGACUGUAUAAAUCGCUUUUGCAAGACUGUUAUCUUGUUGUUUAUAUAUAAUUGUCAAAAAAGAAAAACAAAAAAGAUGUGGACUUUCAAGUCACACGACGAUAAAAUAUUGGCAUGUAAAAUCUAUUUUGCUUUAGCAUAUUCGUUAUUAUGCUUAUGAGACUAUGUUCUUUACAAAUAACAUACUUAUCAUAUCUAUGAUAUUUAUCAUAAGCAUUAAAAAAUUUGGCCACAUCAAGCAAUGAUAUGUCAAUAGGGAGAUACAAAUAAAUAAAAUUUGUAAAUGUUAAUUGUGAAGGUCUCCAAGUCAAUGGCCAAAAUAUGUUAAGAAUCUUGACUAAAAUCUAAAGUUGUGGCAAGUUGAUAAAACAUAGUGUUAUGUAAUAUGUUUAGUCCCAUAAAGAACAUCGUGCCACAUUUGCUAAAUAAUAUCUUUUGUAUGACUUAAACUUGAAUGAAACUAAAUUUAAUGUCAUUUUUGGGAUUGUUCAGAAUAUCUAAAAGAUUGACCUAUAUAAAAACAGAGAUCAAGAAUUUCUCAUGUGACUAAGAAAAACUUCAAAUGAAAUGAUAUGUAAUUAAGAGUUUGUUCUUCAUAAUAAUAAGUAGAAUGAAAUAUGGUUUGAUCAUUGAAUUAUAAUUCUGUAAAAGAAUAGUAUGUUGCACAUACAAACAAUUUAACGUUAUCAACCGAAUGUUCAGAGACGUAUAUUUUAUUCUUCUUUUUUUUUUUAGUUGCACAGACAUUAUUCUUUGUAUGUGAAUCAAGAAUUAUUGCGUAGCUUGAACUGUGGUAGUACUUUAUUCAUAUCGACGAAAGUAAAUGAAUACCUUCUAUCUGUAUGUUUGAAAUAUGAAACAUCUCUUCGAGUAAGGCAAGUACUUUUAAAUGAAAUCUAUAUGGCAUUAGAUCUUGGUUGAUGGUGAUUCUCUAUUGACACGGAAAAUGACUUGAUUAAGAAUAGAAUAAGGUAAUUUAAUAAAUGCAAAGUUAUUCAGAAUGUAACGUGAAAUUAUUAGGAUAAGCUUUAUUUUAUUUAUCGUGUAAUGUGAGUUUUAAGGUCCUCGAGUUUUUAUUUUAAAAAAUUCAUCAUUCAUGAUUCAUAUGCAAAUGGAACUAUGCAAAUGGACUAUGUAAAUGGAACAAUAAUCUUAAUCGAAACAAUAAUUGUGUUAAGAGCCUUCCAAGUAACAAGUACUACAAUAUAGAGCCAAUAGAUAGGAUAAUGAAGCGUAUAAGUAUGUAUUGACGUGCCCACAAAUCGUUUAUUAUAUAUCGUUAGAAUCAUUAAUACACUAGUAAAAUUUUUGAUAAUUUUCGUUGUUUUAAAUAUAACGCAGGUAAUUCUUUAAAAUGAUAGUUUAAUUUUAUUUAACAUAGAACAGUAUUAAUAACAUUUAAACAUCAUAUCAUUGCAUGAUGAAGCAAAUUAUAAAAUUGUGAAACUUGUUAAAGAUUUUUAACAAAUAUCCGAGAUAGAGUUCUACAAAUUUUAUUUAACGUAGGAGUCAAUUUAUAAAUAGACAAUAAAUGCAAAAGUUCUACUCUAACGUUUGGUAUUUUAAUAGAGAUCUCAAAACACAAGAGGAAAAAAAUCAUUCCGAAAAUAUUAAUUAUUGCAAUUGCAAUUUGGAUAAUAGAAUAGAUUAGCACCUGAAAUUUGUAGAACUUUGUGCAUUAAUGAUUCUAAUUUUAGAUUUAGAAGCGAUACAAUGUUAAUAUUAUCUCGGAAAGUAUAAAAAGGACCUUAAUCUAUCAAUAAUAUUUAUUCUAAUUAUAAAUUUAAGUUUAUACCGUAGGUUAUCACUUGUAAUCAUAAUGUUUAAUACCUAGUUUCUGACUUUAUGACAGAUUAGGUAACUUGUUAAAUAUGAUUUGAUUAUGAGUAAAGGUCUGAAUAUAAUCUUUGAACGUUCACAACGAUAGUUCAGUAGUUGAAUUAGUUCCAAGCAAUUAAAGGCAGCGGAUAAACAGAAGUAAAUAAACAGAAGUAAAUAAUAAAAUCAGUAUAGAAAGUAAAAGAGAAGUUGCGAGUUCUGACUAACGGAAAGAAAAUAAAUUUAUUAUUCUCACGGGUGUGAAAAUACCAAAAUAUAGAACGUGAAAAGCGUAAAUAUUAAUGAAUUACGAAUCGUAAUAAGGCCAUAUGGACUUCUUAGUUUUAAGUCGAUUUAAGUGCUGCAAAAUGUUGCAGUGUAAAUAUAAUCGGUGCGCAAGUAAAUACCAAAAUUGACAUCGCUGAAGUAAAAGAUCAAAAGUAAAGCAUUCAUCGUUUAUGUAGUUCAAAGUAAAGUAUUUGUCAUUUUAUUAUUCACAUUUCGUAUCUCGCUCUAAGUGAUCCUUUCUAACGAGAUUCUUUUCUUAUGGGCUUGCGCUGACGUUUGAUAUUUUCCUGCGCCCGAUCAAGAA